AUGGGAAGCGAGCGAUUCCAUAGGACAUUGAAGCAAACCAUUAUGGCAUAUGACAAAACAGACUGGAUUAGCGUUUUACCUACAAUAUUAUUAGGAUUAAGAUGUGCUUUAGAGGGUGAAGAAGAGAUAACACCAGCUGAAAUGGUGUAUGGGCAGGUAUUACGGUUACCGGUUGAUUUCUUUACUGAAGAAAAGGCAGCAAUAUUACCUUCCACAUUAGUAACACAACUGAAGGAAAAAUUUAAUGUAAUAUCACCAGUGUUAGCUGUACACAAUACUAAAAUGAAACCAUUUGUAUCGGUAGACCUUAAGUCCUCAUCUCAUGUAUUCAUAAGACAUGAUGCUGUAAGGAAAGCAUUACAAAUGCCGUAUGAUGGCCCAUUUAAGUAG